UUCCUUGCUUUUCCUGUACUUCCGAUGCGUUUUUUAGUGCUUUUUGCAGAAACGCACUACAGUCCAUUUAACAUGGUUUCCUAUGGAACAUGCUCUCAUCUAUGCAGGGGCGGACUGACAACUCAUGGGGCCCCCGGGCAAUAGGGGAUCAUGGGGCCCCUGUUUCCUUGCCUAAACUCGAAAAAAAGCCUAUGAAAAAGGUACCAGGGGCAUCUCAUGGGGCCCCCUACUGACCCCGGGCCCUCGGGCAGUGCCCGAGUUUCCAAAUGGUCAGUCCGCCCCUGCAU